UCCCGACCACCCCCCCCCACCCUCUCUCUCUCUCUCUCUCUCUCUCGCAUCCAUGGCAGCAGCUGCUUCGUCUCCAUCUUUCCACCGUCCAUCUGUCCCAUCUUCCCCUCUCCAACGGCUCUCCACCUUCAAAGACCGCUCAUCUACUCUCCCUUCUAUCACUACCACCACCACCUCUACUCCAGCUGCUUCUUCCUCCCCUCUCGACGCCUUCUCCUCCGAUCCCGUCUUCUCCGUCUUCCUCUCCCCCGACUUCGAUUCCACUCGCUUCUCCUCCCAAGCCCUCAGUUCUGGCUCCGCUGCUGCCCGUGCCGAGAAGCUCGACGACGGCAUCCGCCUUCUCGAGAAGCAGCUCCGCACCGAGGUCCUCUCCCGACAUGACGACCUCCUCGCUCAGCUCUCCUCCCUUAAAGACGCUGAGUCCGCCCUCUCCGUCGUCCGAUCCGGCAUCUCCACCCUCCAAUCCUCUGUCCGCCGCAUCCGCCUCGAGAUCGCCGAUCCCCACCGCCAGAUCCGUACGAAGACUGUCCAGCUCUCCAACCUCCACGCAACUUCCGAGCUCCUUCAGUUCACCGUCCGCGUCAUCCGGCAGUCGAAGAAGCUCAAGGAUCUGAUGGCCUCUGCCGGGGCUGAGUCUGAGAGAUUGGACCUUGCCAAGGCCGCACAGCUGCAUCGUGAGAUUGAGAGCCUGUGCGAGGAGAAUGGACUCUCGGGGAUCUCGGUCGUCGACGAGGAGAGGGUGUGGCUGGCGGAGAUUGGGACCCGGCUUCGAGCGGAGGGGAUGAAGGUUUUGGAUAGAGGUAUGGAGGGGUUGAAUCAGGCCGAAGUUGGCAGUGGUCUGCAGGUUUUCUACAAUUUGGGGGAAUUGCGAUCAACUGUGGAUGGAUUGAUUAACAAGCACAAGAACCAGGCGGUGAAGAGCUUGAGUUCUGCCUUGGAUAUGAAAGCUAUAUCAGCGGCAUCGUCAGGGAAUUUUGGCCCCGGCGGGAUACACAGGAGUGGGACGCCUCAGAUUGGUGGGGUGUCUAAAGCAAAGGAGGGACUUUGGCAGAGGAUGGGCAGCUGUAUAGAUCAGCUGCAUUCGAUCAUGGUCGCUGUCUGGCACUUGCAGAGGGUACUGUUGAAGAAACGGGACCCAUUCACUCAUGCCCUGUUCCUUGAUGAGGUCUUGCAGGAGGGUGACCCUAUGUUAACAGAUCGAGUUUGGGAAGCACUUGUGAAAGCCUUUGCCAGUCAAAUGAAAUCUGCUUUCACUGCAUCAAGUUUUGUCAAAGAAACAUUUACUUCGGGCUACCCUAAACUCUUCACCAUGAUAGAGAAUUUUCUUGAAAGAAUUUCACGAGACACUGAUGUCAAAGGGGUCCUCCCAGCUAUCACAUCAGAAGGAAAAGAUCAAAUGGCUGCUGCCAUUGACAUAUUCCAGACGGAAUUUAAGAAAGACUGCUUGCGCCGACUUUCAGAUCUUGUUGAUAGUAUAUUUCCAGUAUCUGGUCGGGGAGGUAGUCCCUCAAAAGAGCAGAUCGCAAAAAUUAUUUUACGCAUUCAGGAAGAGAUUGAAGCUGUUGCACAAAAUGCUCACUUGACUCUCAUUGUCUUACGUGAAAUUGGCAAAGUCCUAAUCCUGCUGGGCCAAAGAGCUGAAUUCCAGAUAACUGCCGGUACUGAGGCUCGUCAAGUAACAGGUCCUGCGACUCCAGCACAAGUAAAAAACUUCGCUCUCUGUCUACAUCUGCAAGAAGUUCACACACGCAUCUCAUCUAUAGUGUCUGGGUUACCAGCUUUUGCUUUGGAGGUCCUAUCUCCGUCUUUAGGUUUCAUAUAUGGUGUUGCAUGUGACUCUGUGACCUCUGUAUUCCAAGCCAUGCUCGAUCGUCUUGAGGGUUGCAUCUUGCAAAUCCAUGACCAGAACUUCAGUGUUUUGGGCAUGGAUGCAACUAUGGACAACAAUGCAUCAGCUUACAUGGAUGAAUUGCAGAAGUGUGUAGUUCACUUCCGCACCGAGUUCCUAUCAAGACUGUUGCCUUCAUCUCUGACACAUUCUGCCAAUACAAGUUCGGAGUCCAUAUGCAUGAGGCUUGUCAGGAAAAUGGCUUCGCGGGUUCUGAUUUUCUUUAUCAGGCAUGCUGCUCUUGUGAGACCUCUUUCGGAGUCGGGCAAGCUUCGGAUGGCAAGAGACAUGGCUGAGUUGGAGUUGGCAGUAGGCCAGAACUUGUUCCCAGUAGAGCAGCUAGGUGCACCAUAUCGUGCCCUCCGUGCAUUUCGACCUGUUAUCUUCUUGGAAAUAUCGCAGUUGGGGGAAUCUCCACUUCUCCAAGAUUUGCCACCAAGUGUCAUACUUCAUCACCUUUACUCACGAGGGCCAGAUGAGUUGCAGUCACCGUUGCAGAGGAAUAGGCUUACGCCUUUGCAGUAUUCACUGUGGUUGGAUUCACAAGGAGAGGAUCAGAUUUGGAAAGGCAUCAAAGCAACUCUUGAUGAUUACGCCGCAAAGGUCAGAGCGAGAGGAGACAAGGAAUUCAGCCCCGUGUAUCCUCUUAUGCUUCAGAUAGGGUCAUCAUUGGUAGAAAAUGCUCCACAGUUGCAGAAGCCUUGAAUGACCAAUAACAGUAGAGAUCUUUUGUAAAUUAGUGAUCCUCCAAUCAAGUCGGCCUUUGACAGUUCGUGUUAUUUCAGGAGAGGGCACCUUCAAUGGGAUUGUUCUUGGCUUUGAUUUUGCCUUCUAUGAAUGCUAUGGAGGCAUCAUGUGGUCCAUGGCCUGAUCAGAUAUGCAUCCCACAGAAACUGUGAGUUUUACUUUUCUAUUUUUCCUUCCCUUUUCAAAACAUGAUGUUUUUGUUCUCAUGUCCCAUUCUUCUUUGGCAUUCAACUGAUGUAAUAACAUGACCUAUAUGAUUUUUUUACAAGUUCAAGGCCUUCAUAUGGGCCCAAUAGAAAUAUUCAAUUAUAUGGAA